AUGGCGACCCCCGCGAAGGCACCCGCCAAGGGACCUGCGAAGCGAUCCAAGACCCUGAAGAGGGAUACAAGGGUGGAAAAGCGAAAGCAGCAGUUGCAGAGCAUCGAGCAGCUCGAGAAGGCCGUCGCCGACUUUGACCCCAAGGGCGAAUUCACAUCCUUCUCCGAACUCCCCCUCUGCGAAGCGACCGCCACAGGCCUCGAGAAAUCCCACUUCCAGACCCUCACCGACAUCCAGUCCCGCGCCGUGCCCCUCGCCCUCAAGGGCCGCGACAUCCUCGGCGCCGCAAAGACCGGCUCCGGCAAGACCCUCGCGUUCAUCAUCCCCGUCCUCGAGAAGCUCUACCGCGCGCGAUGGACCGAGUUCGACGGCCUCGGCGCCCUCAUCAUCUCCCCGACCCGCGAGCUCGCCGCGCAAAUCUUUGACGUCCUGCGCAAGGUCGGCCGUAACCAUGCCUUCUCCGCCGGCCUGGUCAUCGGCGGCAAGAGUCUCAAGGAGGAAGCCGAGCGUCUGUCCAAGAUGAACAUCCUCGUCUGCACACCCGGCCGCAUGUUGCAGCACCUCGACCAGACCGCCGGCUUCGACGUCGACAACCUCCAGAUCCUCGUCCUCGACGAGGCCGACCGCAUCAUGGACAUGGGCUUCCAGUCCGCCGUCGACGCCCUCGUCGAGCACCUGCCCCAGACCCGCCAGACCCUCCUCUUCAGCGCCACGCAGAGCAAGAAGAUCUCCGACCUCGCCCGCCUCUCCCUCAAGGACCCCGAGUACGUCUCCGUCCACGAGGAGACCACCCCGAAGAACCUGCAGCAGCACUACAUCGUCACCCCGCUCCCCGAGAAGCUCGACACCCUCUACGGCUUCAUCAAGGCCAACCUCCGCUCCAAGAUCAUCGUCUUCUUCUCCUCCGGCAAGCAGGUCCGCUUCGCCUACGAGUCCUUCAGACACCUGCAGCCCGGUAUCCCCCUCCUCCACCUCCUCGGCAAGCAGAAGCAGCUGCAGCGCAUGGAGAUCACGAAACGCUUCGCCGAGGCGAACCACUCCUGCCUCUUCGCCACCGACGUCGUCGCCCGCGGCGUCGACUUCCCCGCCGUCGACUGGGUCGUACAGGUCGACUGCCCCGAGGACGCCGACACCUACAUCCACCGCGUCGGCCGUACAGCCCGCUACGAGCGCGACGGCAAGGCCGUGCUCUUCCUCGACCCCAGCGAGGAGGCCGGCAUGAUCAAGCGCCUCGAGGCCAAGAAGGUGCCCGUCAACAAGAUCACCGUCAAGGAGAGCAAGAAGAAGAGCAUCACGAACCAGCUGCAGAGCAUGUGCUUCCAGAACCCAGACCUCAAGUACCUCGGUCAGAAGGCCUUCAUCAGCUACGUCCGCUCCGUGCAUCUCCAGAAGGACAAAGAGGUCUUCAAGUUCGACGAGCUCGACCUCGACGCCUACGCCGCCAGCCUGGGACUCCCCGGAGCGCCGCAGAUCAAGCUGCGCAAGGGCGAGGACGCCAAGAAGAUCAAGAACGCCCCGCGCGCCGGCAUGUCCUCCGACGAAGAGAACUCCGACUCGGACGCGCCCAAGAAGCCCAAGAAGCAGGAGGUCCGCACAAAGUACGACCGCAUGUUCGAGCGAACCAACCAGGACGUCCUCUCCGGCCACUACACCAAGCUCGUCGCCAACGGCGAAGUCUCCGGGCCCGCGAUCGACGACAACGACGAAGACGACUUCCUCUCCGUCAAGCGCGUGCUCAACGACGACGCCCUCGACGCCGAGUCCGCCAACGCACCGGGCGCCAAGCCCAAGGUCAUCGCGUACGGCGACCAGCAGUUCAUCGUCGACUCGAAGCGGCGCGAGAAGGCGCUCUCGUCCAAGAAGAAGAUGCUCAAGUUCAAGGGCCGCGGCACGAAGCUCGUCUUCGACGAGGACGGCAACGCGCACCAGAUCUACGAGCUGCAGAACGAGGACGACUUCAAGCAGGAGGGCCCCGCGGAGGAGCUGCGCCAGAAGUUCGUCGAGAGCGAGACGGCGCGCGUCAAGGAGGCGGACAUGGACGACAAGGAGCUCGCGAGGGAGAAGAGGAGGGAGAAGCGCCUCAAGCGCAAGCUGGCGGAGAAGGAGGAGCGGGAAGGCGGCGCGGCGGAGGGGCCGCGGGUCGGUGGUGGAGACGGGGGCGACGACGAGGAUCCGUUGGCGCUGCUGCGGUCGCUGCCGAUUGCCGGGGACAGGAGCGGCGGGGAGGAGUCCGAGGACGAGAGGCCGAAGAAGAAGACCAAGAAGUGGUUCCAGGACGACUCGGACGAAGAGAGGGAGAAGGCCAAGAAGGCGAAGAAGGGCGGAAAGGUGUUGGAGAUCGACCGCGAGCCGGAAACGCUGGAGGACCUCGAGGCCCUGGCUGCGGGCUUGUUGAAUUAA